AUGGCGGGCGCGCUGGGCGUGGGGCCGGGGGUGCUGGCGCUGCUGCUGCUCUGGGCCAUGGCGCUGCUGCUCCUGAUGGCGCUGGGCCGCGCCGGCCGCGCCCGGGUCGCCGCGGUGCCGGUGGCGCUCGGAGCCGCCGCGCUCACGGCCGCGCUGCUGCUGUUCCCCCGGGAGGGCGAGAGUCCGGCCGCCGCCGGCGCUGAGGAGAUUGUGGACACCUUCCUCAUUGGCCGCUUCAUCCUCCUGGCUGUGAUGAGCCUGGUCUUCCUGGGGUGCCUGUUCCUGUUCCUGAUUUACCACCUCAUGGAGCCUGUGUAUGCCAAGCCGCUCCACAGCAGCUAGAGACAGCAGUGUCUGCAAAGAGGACAUCCUGAUUGCAUGGGAAUAAACCAAAAGAGACACCAGGAGGCUGUUCUGGAGGUGACCAUGAUGUUCUUUCUGAGCUCAGGGAGAGCCAGCAAAGCAAUUGAAGCCUUUGCUUCAUCUUGAAAAGCAAAAUUUGGUCUGAGCAUGAGCCACUUCUCCCCAGGGAGUUCAAGCCUCUGCACCUGCAAAGGUGUGUGAACCUCUGGAUCCUGCUCUCCUUUACAGAGAGCUGAGGUCCAGCACUUGGUGCUGCUCCUGAUUCAGUGCACUGAGCUGAACCAAGGUGGUUUGUUACUGUUACCCAUGAGAGAUAGUUUGUUACUGCUCCUUUUUUACUGUGGUUUAAUAAAACUUUGAAAAAUC